CUCACAUCAAUGCAGAAAGCGACAAAGGAAAAGGCGGAGAGAAAGUAAAAGGGUAGAAAAAGAAGAAGAAGAAGAAGAAAGAUCAGAUUUUUUUUUUUUUUAAUUUCGUGGAUUGUUUGCUUUGCUUGAUUGCUUCGAAUCGGAAUAAGUCUGAAGAAUUUCGAGGCGACCAUGGCUGACGGCUUCUUUAUUUUCUCAGAUUCCUCUUCUUCUUUCCCGGAAAAUCAAAGAUCAUCAAACCUUUUGAGAAGCUAUGAAGAAAAGCGAGAUUAGGCCCGGGAAGUUGCAUUUACCUAGAUUAAGACAAAGUUUACGGAAGAUCAGAAUGAAGUGUUUGUGUUCUGGUGAACAAAUGAGACUGAGGGAGGAAGAAGACAAGCAAUCCGAGAAUGGAGUAGGCAGAGACUACAAUGUAAGCUCAGCUUUAUCAGCUGCGGAGAGCGAGAAUGCCAAGAAACUAGAUAAUGGGAACAUCGAGGAAGCCGAGUUGUCUCUGCGUGAGACAAGUUCACUAAACUACGAGGAGGCGAGAGCACUCUUGGGAAGAAUUGAGUAUCAGAAAGGAAACAUAGAGGCGGCAUUGCGAGUCUUUGAAGGGAUAGAUAUCAAUGGGAUCACGAUAAAGAUGAAAACCGCUCUAACCACUAGAGAAGAGAAAAAACAUAGAAGACGGUCUAAAGUCGGACUUGGUGCUGCUCCUCCUCCUCCUCCAAUGUCUAAACAUGCUAUUAGUCUCCUUUUCGAAGCCAUUUUUCUCAAAGCGAAAUCUCUCCAGCGUCUUGGAAGGUUCCAAGAAGCUGCGCAGUCUUGCAGAGUUAUUCUCGACAUUGUCGAGGCUUCUUUGUCGGAAAACGUGAAUGGUGAUAUCAAGUUGCAGGAGACGCUAAUGAAAGCAGUCGAGCUGCUUCCUCAGCUGUGGAAACUCGCUGAUUCGCCGCGUGAAGCUAUCUUGUCGUAUAGACGAGCGCUUCUCAAUCACUGGCAACUCGAUCCUGAAACCACGGCGAGAAUACAGAAAGAGUACGCCGUAUUUCUUCUCUACUCCGGGGAAGAAGCAGUGCCGCCAAACCUUCGUUCUCAGACGGAAGGCUCUUUCAUUCCGAGGAGCAACGUGGAGGAGGCUAUUCUUCUUCUGAUGUUACUUCUCAGGAAAGUUAACGACAAGAGAAUCUCGUGGGACGCGUCAAUCUUGGACCAUCUCUCGUUCGCUCUCACAAUCGCAGGCGAUCUUACCGCUCUUGCUAAGCAACUCGAAGAGCUUAGCCCCGAGAUAUUGGACCAGAGGGAGCUUUAUCAUACGUUGUCUCUGUGUUACCAUGGUGCAGGGGAAGGUCUUGUCGCGCUCGGUUUACUUAGGAAGCUGUUUUCAGAACGGGAGGAUCCAAACCGGACUUCCGGUUUGCUGAUGGCUUCCAAGAUAUGUGGUGAGAGAACUGGUCUCGCUGAGGAAGGCUUAGAUUACGCUCGGAGAGCGAUUGGAAACUUGGGGAAGGAAUGCGUUCAGCUAGACGGUGCGUCGCGUUUCGUUUUAGGCGUUACGCUCACGGAAAGCUCGAGAACAGCGGCUACAGAGACCGAGAGGUUAGCUAGGCAAUCUGAGGGGAUUCAGGUUCUUGAAUCUGCGGAUAUGACUGACCCGAGAGUCCUGCACCGUCUUGCGUUAGAGAAUGCAGAGCAGAGGAAGCUGGAUUCGGCUUUGGCUUACGCUAAACGAGCUUUGAAACUUGGAGCUGAGUCGGAUCUUGAAGUGUGGUUGCUUCUGGCUCGGGUUUUAUCUGCGCAGAAGCGGUUUGCAGACGCGGAGACGAUCGUGGACGCAGCACUUAACGAGACAGGGAAAUGGGAACAGGGGAAGCUGUUGCGUUUGAAGGCAAAGCUUCGUUUGGCUAAAGGAGAAGUUAAGGAUGCAAUUCAGACUUACACGCAGCUUCUCGCGCUCCUUCAGGUUCAGAGCAAAAGCUUCAGUUCUGCAAAGAAGAUGCCAAAGGGAUGUGUAGAGGGACUGAGGAGUCUGGAGAUUGGGACGUGGCAUGAUCUGGCUCAUAUCUACAUAAACCUCUCGCAAUGGCGUGACGCAGAGACAUGUCUCUCGAGAUCAAGACUCAUCGCGCCUUACUCUCCUGAUCGAUACCACACUGAAGGUGUACUGAACAAGAGACAAGGCUUAUUAGAAGAAGCCGUGGAGGCGUUUACAACCGCUCUAGACAUCGAUCCAAUGCACGUCCCGAGCCUAAUAUCGAUGGCUGAGAUUCUACUUGAGCUCGGGAACCGAUCAAGCAUAGCAGUUGUGAGAAGCUUUCUCAUGGAGGCUCUUAGGCUUGAUAGGCUGAACCAGUCGGCUUGGUUCAAUCUUGGGAAGAUGUAUAAAGCUGAAGGAUCCGUCUCGUCGAUGCAUGAAGCCGUUGAGUGUUUUCAAGCCGCCGUUACACUGGAGGAAACAAUGCCCGUGGAGCCAUUCAGAUGAUUUUUCCCUCGAAUCAUUUUUUCUUUUUUUGUUUUGUUUUGGUCAUGAUUUUGAUAUAUUCUUUUGUGUUUGAUUUCGAUAGAUGAAUAUAAGAUACAGUAUAAAGAUGUAUGUGUGGUACCUCAUUUGAUGUGAAGUUUAUAAACAUUUGUAAUACACAGUUACAGAAAAAUUAAAAUAGGUUUUGGUCAAGUAAUUUUGUACGC